AAGAUUCUUAUCUUGUGUCUUUGCUUAAUAGCUUGAUCCUAAUGGUACAAACAUGUUCAAUGUUAAUAAAGCUCUUGUUUUUGCCUCAGUUUUAUGCGUUUUUGUAGAGGGUGGUUGUCCCCCGGGCUGGCUUUCGCACGCCUCGUCAUGUUAUCUCUUCAGCCACGAUACCGAGGAAUGGAUCGGAGCUUUGAAUAUAUGUCGUGAACUUGGUGGACAGCUGAUUGAAAUAGAAGAUGCCGAUGAAGAUAACUAUAUACUUUCCCAAGCCAGGAACAUCAACAAAAGUUUCUGGAUUGCCUUGUCUGACCUACAACUAGAAGGGACAUGGGUUUGGAUGAACAGUAAGGCACAACUAGUGCAAGGGGCUUACUCAAACUGGCGCCCUGGGCAACCUGAUAACAGUGGCGGCGAUGAAAAUUGCGCUAACCUGGAGGACAGCUUUCACAUGAAGUGGAAUGAUUUAUCCUGUCACACCGUUCAAAACUACAUUUGUGAACGCCCAAAUGAGGACACCGAUAUUGUUGGCUAAAGGAGAAAUAUAAAGAUAUUUUCCACACUGUAAUAAUGUAUAAACUUGUUUAUUAAAACAACCAAACUGAU